GAAGUCUAAACCUACAUCUUCUUCAAACAACAGCUGUAUAUGCUGCGUGCUGCGUUCUUGCUCUGGAAAAACAACGCGUCCAAGCUCAAGCUCAAGCUCAAAACAGAAUUCGGUGUCUUCAAGAGAUCAACAUUUGUCGUACUGCCAAUGCCCGUCACUCGUUCUGCAACACGCGCAGCUAGUAGCGCCACUGCAACCGCUGCUGUCGUGGCUAGGACUCCCGCAACCCCGACCGCGCCAUUGACGAAAGCGACACGUGUGACCAAGCGCAAGGCGUCGUCUGAGGUAACCAACGCGUCAAGCAAGAAGAAGAAAGAGGCCAGCAAGGCCGCUGUCAGUUUAGCCAGUUCUGCCGUCGCAGAAGGCGAUUCAGAGCCACCGUCGGCGGAGCCCGUGCAAGGAAUACCAACUCCAACCUCGUCAAAUGCCGUCGCACUGCUCCCGGCGAAGCUGACGUUCUCAUUUGAAGAGGCGAAGAAGCAUCUCAUUGAGGCAGACAAUCGGUUUGCAGACAUAUUUCUCAGAUUACCUUGCAGGCCCUUUGAAAAGUUAGAGAGGGUCGAGCCGUUCAGAACACUCACGAGCUCUAUACUGGGACAGCAAAUAUCGUGGCUCGCGGCACGGUCCAUCACGCACCGUUUCCUCCGGCUCUACUUUCCCCACCUGCCUGAGAAGGCAGAUCACCCAGGGAAUCAGGUCGAGUUGCCCUUCCCAACGCCUCAACAGGUCGCGCAAACCGAAAUUGCGACCCUGAGGUCCGCCGGUCUCAGUGGGCGGAAAGCUGAAUAUGUGCAAGACCUAGCAGCUCGGUUCGCCGAUGGCCGUUUGUCGGCACAGAAGGUGUUCGAAGCCGAUGAUGAGCAGUUAUAUGAUAUGCUCAUUGCAGUGCGGGGCAUCGGGAAGUGGACCGUUGACAUGUUUGCUAUAUUUUCACUCCGCCGCCCUGACAUCAUGCCCGCCGGUGACCUCGGAGUUCAGCGCGGCGUCCUCCGCUGGUUCCUCUCCCUCCACAAUCCAUCCUUCCGCAUAGACAUCUCGCCCGAGAAGCUCCCCAAAGAUCCCGAUGCAGAUGACAAGCAAGCGAAGGUCAAGACCAACGGCAGAAAUACCAAGGCGGUACUGCUUCAACAACCCACGCAGGAUGACGAUGGAGACGAGGAUGUUCUACCCGUGUUAGGGCAGAGCGCACAGAGCAAGGGAAAAGGGAAAGGGAAGACCAAAUCGACGCCUUCGCUCGACGAAUCCUCUCUUCUGGCCAUCCCUGUGCCUGGUCAUCCCAGCUCUACGCCUCUCAAAGGUAGCACCGGCUCGUCUAAGGCACCCACCAUCGUCGGCGACACACCAUUGGCGCUCGGUCUCCCGUCCAUGCCUGCGCCCUUCACCCCCUCUAUAAACAAGGCAUUGCAAGGCCCGCAAAAUAGUACUGAUUCUGUACCUAGGCCUUUACCAGAUGGUCUGACGGCCGCCGCGUUGAAGACGCGAUUGGAGGGGAAGAAGAAGAUCAAGGGCGCGUUAUUGACUCCUCAGGAAAUGGAGAGUCUUACAGAGCAUUGGAAGCCGUACAGAAGCAUAGCUGUCUAUUAUAUGUGGGCCCUAGCGGAGGAAAAAUGAUUGCUUGCUGCGUCAAUAUCUGGAAUCGAUCUAACGGUGGACCUGGAACGCGGUGAAAGAGUUAAUUGGGUUGUAGUCUUCCUUCGAGGCAUGCUUGUCGCUUUUAGACUAUCAGCAGCUAAUUGUGCAAGCAUGCUGCAUCAAUGAUACCCAUUAUUGUCUUCGUUAUAC